GAAACAAUGUCUAAACUAGAAAACAAAAAGCAAGAAGAAGAAUCAUCAACUACAACGGCAUGGCCGGGUAUUGAAGAAGAACUCGUGAUACCUGAGCUUUUACAUAGCGAAGGCGUGAAGAAACUUCACAUGAGCAUACAAAACGAGUGGGAUUACCUUCAGAAGUCAGCGUGCCAAACUGCUGCAGGAAGAGCUCUUUGGAAACAUGUCAUUCACGAUCCUCUCGCUCACUUGUUUGCUGGAGAGACACAUUUGAGAAACCUACACACAAAGAUUCAGAGAGACCGUCUCAACAAUGCUCGAGAGGUCUCUGGUGUGAUUCUAGCUGUUCGAACUCUUUGGUUUGAUACAAGGAUCCAAGCUGCUCUAGACUCUUUCCAAAAUGAUGCUUCUCAAGUUGUUCUACUUGGUGCAGGAAUGGACGCAAGAUCAUACAGACUAAACUGCUUAAACAAAAGUGAUGUAUUCGAAGUGGACUUUCCCGAUGUCUUGCAAACCAAAACAAGCCUGGUCCAAGCUGCAGUAAAUUCAAGAGAGGAGCUUAAGAUGACAGCCAAAUCACUAAUCAAAGUGGCAACUGAUAUCAGAGACAAGGAUUGGUUUGAAAAGCUUAAGAAAUCAGGUUUUGUCCCAGAGAUAAACACUGUAUGGGUUCUUGAAGGCAUUCUCUAUUACCUGUCUCACACAGAGGCAAUGCAAGUACUGAAUCUCAUAGCUGAGAAAUGUGCAGUGACCAGCACGGUUCUCUUGGCGGAUUUCAUGAACAAACCUUCUGCUUCUCUCCCCAACUCUGUGUUCCACUUCUACAGUGACUGGCCUGAUCAGCUCUUACCAUCCUUGGGGUUCUCUCAUGUCAAGCUUUCACAGAUUGGUGAUCCAGAUGCAAAUUUCGGUUUGCUGCACAAUCCGCUCAAUCUCUUUAACAAGCUUCUUCUCCUGCCAAGAACUGUACAGAUCCAUCCAGACGAUGGAACACCCUGCUGCCGUCUGUAUUUGGUCGAGGCUUCUGGUUCACCCCCUCCAGAUAAAACAGUGUGAGCUUGUAAGCUGACUUAUUCCACUGCAACGCUUUUUCAGAACAAGUAUAUGAGUUUUUCAAACCAUAGAAACUAUGUAGGAGAUUGUUGGCUAUUUGAAUGUAUAAAACAAUUGAUAUGAACAAAAUCACUAUAUAUUAAACCAUGCAUUUUUUUCUUGUUUAUCUCCUUAAAAAUUCAAACAACCUUAUAAGUGAUAGUGAAGCC